UGUUGUCGCCGUGGCCCCGCCCUCGCGGCGUGACGUCAGGGCAGCGGACAGUGGAGCAGCUCUGGCUCGAGUGUCUCAGAAAAGCCGGAGAUGGCUUCACUCAGGCAGGAGCAGCUCUACGGGCUCUGCUGCGGGAAAAGCGGCCGGAGCGGCUCCGGCAGGACGCUGCUCCAUGUCAAGCUCACGGACACGGCUCUGAGAGCACUGGAGGCGUAUCAGAACCUCAAGGGAACUUUGCCAAAUCAGCCAUCAAUUUGUUUCAAAGGAAACCAAGGGUACAUCAAGAUCCCAGCUCCCACACAAGAGUCACUGUCUGCUCUUCGCAUCUUCUCCUUCUACUUAUCCAGCGACAGCAAAGACCAACCUCAGGCCAGCUUUGACUGCAUCCAUCAGUAUGUCUCAAGUGACGGCCGCGAGCAGCUGGAAGGUCAGGGCGUCAUCCAGGACAAGAUCACCGUGUGUGCCACAGAGGACUCCUACCAGGUGACCCGCGAGAGGAUGUCUCAGGUGGAGAAGGACAGCUGGAGCCGCUCCGCCAUUGAGAUCAAACCUGGAGCCACACAUCCAAGUAAAUGCACCAAGCUCCACAAGAGGUCAGCUCCUCCUUCUACGCCAGACAGCAGCCUCUAUAAGCAGUCCACCAACAACCAAAGGAAUGGCGGUACGACCACGCCGACCCAGAAGCCCCUGAGGGAACGCAUUAUCCACCUGCUGGCUCUGAAACCCUACAGGAAACCAGAGCUGCUGCUGUGGCUGGACAGAGAGAGAGCCGGACCCAAGGACAAGGCAGAGCUCAGUCCUAUACUGGAGGAGGUUGCUAAAGUGAAUCCCAAAGACAGCAGCUACCUGCUGAGGGACGUCUUCUACAAGCACGUGCAGAGGGACUGGUCUGGCUACAGCGAGGAGGAGAGGCAGCUGAUCAGCAGGCUGCUGGCUAGGAAACUGCAGCCGCAGAUUAGCAACCAGUCAAGAAGUCUUCAAGCAAAUGUGCCGAUACUGAAGACCUCAGAGGAUUCAACACUACAUCACAGCACAAUGAAAAAUCCUGCAGUGAAACGCCCUGGGCCUUCUGACUCACUGGAAAGGCUCAAUGCCAAGAGACAAAAACUUGUGGACCAGAGGCUGCACCAACAACCCGCUGUAAACGGACCAUUGAACAAUAAAAGACAUGAAAAAGCAAGUCCCACCCUCAACCACAGCUUCCACACAAAGACUGAGUUUCAAAGGACAACUAACCAUACGGGUAAACAGAACGACUCACCGGGGGCCCACAGCAACUUUUCUGCACCCCACAAACUGUGUAGCACCUCGGAUGCACCUGUUUCAGAGAGCAGGGAGCAUGGACCCAAAGUAAGCGACCAUCUGCCAUCGCAGGGCGACUCUGACGGCACUCACCAGCAGCUUUCUAACAGCCAGCACAGAAAGAAGAAGUCUAAAAAGCACAAAGACAAAGAGCGGGAGAGGUUAAAAGACAACCAGGGACGUAUCUGUUUGGAGACCAGUCCUGAUCUUAAGCAGAAGCCGGAUAAACUUGAAAAUCUUGACAUCACAAAAACUGUGGCCUCUGAGGAGAAGCCGGAUUAUGUGCUCACCUACGGCCCCAUAAUAAGUUUAGAGCAACGCAAGAGAUACCAGGAGGAUUUCUGUGACGAGUACGAUGAGUACAAAGACCUCCACUCUCGCAUCGCCACCAUAACUCACAUGUUUGUUCAGCUAGGGUCCAAGAUCAAGAGUCUGUCCCCAGGCACACAAGACUAUAAGAUAAUGGAAGACCAAAUACUAGAAAAGUACAACAAAUAUCGAAAGAAGUUCCCAGGCUACCGGGAGGAGAAGAAACGCUGCGAGUAUCUCCAUGAAAAACUGUCCUACAUCAAACAACUCAUCAUAGACUAUGACGUCUCUCAGGUUUCUUCGUAGCAAACAUGUUGCACCAAUGUUUUUUAUUGGAGACCCUAAGAGGACUUGAUUCUUCAGGGACCACGGAUGAUGCUGUGAGCACAAAUGAUUUUAAGUCAAGAACAGAUUUCUGGUUAUUGUAAUUCUGUUUGUAUUGAAGAAAUCAUUUGUUCAUAUGUUAUUUUCAUGUUAAAAGUCCAUGGGAGAAGGGACGAUGGUCUUAGGAUGAUGGGAUUUGUGCUUCUUUACGGAUGAAGAUGUCGUGACAGUUCCCCUCAUAGUUUCUUUUUUUCAAGCCUUUAUUAAACCAAUUGUCAGUGUCAGCCAAUCUCAUGGCAACAUGCACAAGGUAACAAAUCCAACUUUAACUUAUUCACUUUGUUUCUGACACAUUAAGUCAAACAUUUCUUCAGGCAAAUUUUCUCCGUCCUUUUUUAUAACUUUAUAACUGUUUCCAAUCUACAGCAAAAAGAAGAGUGAUUCCAAGAGUCACAUGAUUGAAACGGACAAAUCAUUUCAGCUCAGAUUCAGUCUUCACAGAUUGUUAUGAAAAUGGGUUCAGAUACCUCUAACGUUUCAAGACACUGGCAACAGUCUUGUUCUAAGACUUUGUCAAGAAUACAUUUCCAUUGAAAACAAGAAGUUAAAGUUAUUAGGACUAAAAUAAAGAAGUGAUGAAUAAACAGGAAGAUAUUUGGCAAUGUAGCCAGCUGGGGGCGCUGUUCAUGUUGAGUCGUCUGGUUAGCUUGUGUUAUGUCAUUCUUAUAAAACUUAAAAACAUAUUGAAAGCAGCUGAUUACAUGGAGAAGAAACUGGAAUAUAUUUAAAUGUCUGGACAUCAGUGCAGAUUCACAUAGAACCUGAUGCAGUGCGGUAUAUGUGGUAUAUGCUGUCUCCUAAAUGCACUUGUGUCUAUCUUAAGUAUUUAUUCACCACAGCCAUUUUUUCUGAAUGAUUGGUGGAGGUACCGAAAUGCUUGGCCUCUGCGGCUGUUGGAAUAACCUGUGGAGGAAAGAAGAUUUUCCUCUUCACAACAUUUGACUGACAUGGUUAAUCAGGCACCAAGUCUAUGUUGAAGUAUUUUAUCCCACUGGAAAGAAGUGUGUUUCUGUCUUUUGCUUAGAACUACUGAUGUAUUUAUUUUUAAAGCUCUCUUCCUCUAUCACGUGUUGUUCUCAGCUUGAUGCAUCAGAUCUCGUUUCGAUCAAAGUGUUUGUAUCCGAGCAGCUCGGGGACGGAGGCGGGAGCGGUUGAGAGCAGAUUAAACAUUCAGCUGACGUUAUGUGUUUCUGCCUGACCUGAUGAUUGUGGAGUGUCACUGGGUUAAAGCCGCACCGAGUUCAUCUAAAGAUUAAUGUUUAAAUGACAAGGCUGCAGACUGGAGGUUGGGUGCCACUUCACCAAAUACUUAAAACCUCUCUGAAAAUUGUGUGUUUGCUUCAUCAUAACCAGUUGCGGUACUUGGGCAUUCAGUUUCCAGUUAAUAAUCUGCACCGAAUUAGGUUUUUUGCACUCAAAAAGGGGGCGGCAGACUCAUGACAUUUCCAGUAAGAUUGUAUUGUAUGGUUGCAGUUUCUAUACUGAAUGUCUAUUCAUGAAAUCACUAAUGUACAUAGAAGCCUUAAGAUUAAACUUCUAUUGGACAAAGAUCUGCCAAUAUCAACAUGGAGUUAUUAUCCACUCUUCAUCUGUUACCUGCCUUAUAUUAGUGUUCACUUUUAAACCUGUCUUAAAAUGAAAAUGUUCUUUCUGGAGGAAAUAUUUCAUUGUGUAAUUUAAAAUUGUUUAGUGCACACUUUGAUUUGCUGUAAUGGCAUCACUUACUCAGCGGUUGUAAAUCCUUACGGUACUCUGUUUUGAAAAUCACCACUGAGGCAUAUGGUCAGGCAUUUAUCAUUAGGAAAAUAACUGUGGUCUAUACCAUAACUAUUUGCAUCUCACCGAGCAUGAACAUAUGGUUUGAUGUGGUAUAUUUCAAGCAGGAAAAAAAACCAUAAUCAAAAUGACAGAAGUCAAUCACUUUCAGGUAGUGGGUGGUAAUUAUGAGAAUGUUUCAAUGAGAAAAGGGUUAAUUAGUGUCAAAUGGUUUAUCAAAGACCAUAAUUAUAUGUGGGUUAUUGACUAUGAUGAAUGAAUCACUGGACAGAACAUUUCCCACAAAGUCACAAAACGAGAUAUAAUUAAUUAUCUUUUAAAUUUUUAUCACAACCUGCGAUGAAAGGUUCAUAAGGUGUUUUUGUUAUUCUGGUGCUGAGCGUUUACAAAGCACAAGUGUGAACUGCACAGCGGGUGUUUGUAUGUACCGCGUACCUGCUGAAGGGAAGAGAGUCAGAGAGCAUCAUGAACUGUGUUUGACAAAUGUAUAAUUCUUUUCUUUUCAAAGUUCAAACGAAUAAAAGCAUAAAAAAUGA